AUGGCUUACAAUCCCAGGAUGAGUAUCAUCCCGCCGGAACAACACAAUGCGCGCAAUCAGCGCACAGCGCGCAGCAGGCGUGAAGAGGCCAAGGCCGCGAUGCGCCUACCAGACCACGAGGUCGUCGGCUGCAUCACAGACAUCGGCAUCCCCUUUACCCUCUCCGACCUACAAAAGCCCAACCCGAACCAGAUCCAGAAGAUCUUUGAGUGGUUUGCCGAGCUAGUCCUCAACGCGACCCGCGAGACGGUGGCCCCCGCCAUGCGCGCCGCCGCCCGCGACGUGGCCGGGGACCACGGCGACAUGCUAUACCCGCCCGACACGGCCGAUCUGAUGGGAUUCUACGUGUCGCUACGGCGGCUGCUGCUCAAGUGCGGGCUCGAGGACGAGGACUUCAGCUUUGCGGACCUGUACCGGCCGACGCACGCACGGCUGGUCGACAUAUUCAGCCACCUGAUCAACUUUGUGCGCUUCCGCGAGAGCCAGACGAGCAUCAUCGACGAGUACUUCAAGAGGGGCGAGAAGGUCAAGGCACGCAUCGAGGCGCUGUAUGGGGAGAACCAGGACCUGGAGGCGCGGCGCGACGACAUGCACGGGAACCUGGAGCAGACGCAGGCGCUGGUGGCGGAGAAGACGAAGCGCAACGAAGCGCUCAAGAAGAAGCUGCUGGAGCUGCGGCGCAACCAGGAGCAGGUGGCCGCGCGGCUCGAGGAGGCCAAGACCAAGAAGGGCCAGCUGGCGACACAGCUAGAGGAGAGGACGGCACAGAAGCUGGCCGUCCGGCAGGAGAGCAACAAGCUGCGGCCGUACGUCCAACAGAGCGCGUCGGCGCUGCAGGCGAGCCUGACGGAGCUGUCCAACACCCUCGCUGGCGACAAGGCGCACAUCGACUCCCUCGACCGUCGCGCGCGCGCCCUCCAGACCUCGACCGACUCGUUCUCGGUGGUGUCGACAGACGUGGCAUCGUGCAUCAAGCUGCUGGACGAGAUCGCGGGCGAGCUGCAGAAGGAGGAGGAGGAGAACUCGCGCAAGACCAAGCAGAAGGAUGCGCUCCUCGAACGGCGGACGGACGUCCAGGAUGUCGAGCGCGCCGAGGCACUGCUUCAGAGGCAGCUGGCUAAAUGGGUCGAGCGGACGGAGAAGCUUAGGGAGCAGGCCAACGCGAAGGCCCAGGAGGCCAAGAGGAAGAUGGAAGAGCUGGAGAUUGUGCACAAGAAGCUCAAGCAGGAGCGCACCGAGAAGGGGAACGAUAUCGAGAAGCGGCGGGUGCGGAUAGAGCAGACGGAGAAGAAGAUGCAAGACCUCAAGGAGAACAUCGAGAACGAGGUCCAUAACGCCCAUGAUGAGUACCUCAAGAUGGAAGCACACAUCAAGCUAUACAUAACAGAGAUGGAGCAGGCCAUA